AUGCCAAAGGUGCCUCUCUCCUUGCCGGAAGCCGACCAACUCAACCAGUCUGAGCACUUGGAGCCUGGAUUCUGUAAAGACCGCUUUGAUAUGCAGUAUAUUUACGAUCUCCGCGACCACGCCAUUCAGUACUGCUCAUCAGGAUCCACAAGCACUUUGACGUGUUUUCACAGCCAUACGCAGUCUAAUAACGACCGCGAUUCCCUCUGUAUUGGCCAAGGGGCAGUUUUGGAUCCAAAGAACCGUAGAUUCACCCUUGACUGUGAAGUCCGACAACCAAACCAGAACGAAUCCUCACGGGGUCUCAUUCCAUUCGAUUCUAUCAGAGGCUACUGGUAUGACACUGGGCCGGGUUUCCUGCUCAACAGUUUUAUGACUAUUGAAGGCAGUUCGCAGAGGGACCUCCUUCCUGAUAGCCACUACGUCACAAACGUUGGCAACAGGCGCCCUUUCACAGUUCUUGUCAAACGCGAAGGCCAUUCCAACAUUUGGCAUUCACUCAUGGAGAUAUGGUCUUUCACCAUGACUCUUGAUGUACUUCGUCUUAGUCCAAACGUUGUUGAGCCUCAGGAGCCAUUCUUUACCGUGCCUGAAGACAUUCCAAAGGCUCAGGUUAUCUUUAUGGAUGACCAUACGGAGGGUCCUCUAUACCCGCUUUGGCAACUCUUCGCAGGUCGCAAACCUGUCCGUUUUAAGGAAGUUUUGGAAGACGGAAAUCAAUCAAAAGCGUUCGCCGAAACACCACAAAACCUCAUUUUACCUCUUGCUGGAGGAAGCAAUCCCCUUUGGCAGAAUGACUGGGAGGAAAGAGACUGCAAAAAUGCUCCUUUACUAAAGAUUUUCGUCCAGAGAAUCAUGCAGCAUUUUGGCAUCAGAUAUGAGAGAGGACGAAAGCCGACGAAAAGUCUUCAGAUUACGUUAAUUGAUAGGAAAGGGUCGCGUAAGCUUCUGCAGCAAGACGCCUUGCUUAGAGCAGUACGCAGCAAGUUUCCAGACAUCAACACACAACUGAUCGACCUUGCGACGCUCCCCUUCGCUGAACAAAUACGAAUCGCCCAAACAACGGAUGUGUUGGUUGGUGUGCAUGGUGCAGGGCUCACCCAUACGAUGUUCCUGCGCGAAGGGGCUGCGGUCGUAGAGAUCCAGCCGGAAGACAUGUUCCAUAAGGGCUUUCGGAAUCUGGCGAAAAUGAUAGGGGUUCAUUAUGUUAGCACCCACGCAGAGAUGGUGGGCGCGGAAGAGGAUCAGAAGAGCAGAAAGAGAGGUCUGGUGAGACGCGAUAGAUGGCAUUGGGCUGAUAUCCGCAUUGAGGAGGACAGAUUCCUUGAGUUGAUCAACACCGCAGUUGAGUUAACGCAGCAGUAG